AUGCCGGAGGAUAGAGAAAAUCUUAGCGAUUCCGAGGAGCUAGAUUCGAAACAAGUAUACCAGGCUGUUAACAUCUUAGGAAGUCGAGUGGACAAGUUUUCUGGUAACGAGGAGAAAACCUUCGAAGAGUUACUGGAUGAAUAUAGGGACAUUGUGCCACGUUUUUCCAUUCCCCAUCCGAUUGCAAAGAAGUUGCUUCCGCUGUAUCUAUCAGGAGGAGCAAGGUUCAAAUUUCAGCAAAUUCCCAAUCGCGAAAAGAUGACAUGGAAAGAGUUGGUAGCGGAGUUGGCAAAAAAGGUGAAAAAUAAUUCACCCCUCAGUAACAUUUGA